AUGGGGAAAGACAAGAAAGAAGAAGCUGUCUUUCUGAGGAAGAAGAUCACUUUGCUGCGGGCUUUCUCGCUCCUCAUCGGCAGCAUGGUGGGCAGUGGCAUCUUUAUCUCCCCAAAGGGUGUACUGAAAAACUCCGGCACCGUGGGCUUCUCUCUGGUUGUCUGGUUUGCCUGUGGGCUCCUCUCAAUGUUUGGUGCCUUGUCUUAUGCAGAGCUUGGAACAAGAAUCACCAAGUCUGGAGGACAUUAUAUCUACAUUUUGGAGACACUUGGGCCUCUGCCAAGUUUCUUAUUCUUGUGGGCAGAAUUUUUUGCCAUCAGGCCUGCCAACAGUGCUGUGGUUUCCUUGGCAUUUGGACGCUACAUGUUGGAGCCAUUCUUUGCCCCCUGUGCAGCCCCAGUCCCUGCUGUGAAGCUCGUGUCUCUCCUGGGGUACUACAUGGUCCUCACCCUCAAUUCCUGGAGUGUCACCUGGAGCGCCCGCCUGCAGACAGCUCUCUCCAUCAUCAAACUCCUGGCUCUUGCACUCAUCAUCGUGCCAGGGAUGAUGCUGCUGGCCCAGGGCCACACUGAGAACUUCCAGGACGCUUUUGACAAACAGUCGCUGGUUUUGGAUAAGCUGCCCCUGGCUUUUUACGCAGGCAUGUUUGCAUAUUCAGGCUGGUUUCAAACCAGCUUUGUGCGUGAAGAGUUGGUCAGACCUGAACGAAAUAUUCCCCUGGCUGUCAUUGUGUCUGUGAUCACAGUAAUUGUGGGGUACAUGCUCACCAAUGUCUCCUAUUACACCGUCCUGGGAACACAAGAUGUUCUGGCUUCUCCUGCUGUGGCUGUGAGCUUUGUGCAGCGAGCCUUCAAAAGCCUGAUCUCUGUGGUCCCUGUCCUUGUUGCACUGUCCUGCUUUGGAACCAUGAAUGGAGGAAUCUUCACGUUUUCAAGGACUCUCUUUGUGGCUUCCCGGGAAGGACAGUGGCCUCCUCUCUUCUCCAUGAUCCACAUUCGAAGGCAUACACCCCUUCCUGCUGUCAUGUUAAUGUUCCCUUUGGUUACUGCCAUGGUGUGUAUCGGAGAUAUCUACCAUCUAUUGAACUUCUUCAGCUUUUCCCGGUGGCUCUUCAUAGGAUUGGCCACCCUUGGGCUCAUUGUCCAUCGCCACCGUCACCCGGAGCUUCACAGCCCCUUCAAGGUUCCCUUGUUCGUUCCUGUCUCUUUUACCAUCAUCUGCCUCUUCACAGUGGCAAUGUCUUUCUACUCAGACCCUGUGAAUAUUAGCAUUGGAUGCACCGUGGUUUUAAGUGGUUUUCCAGUCUACUACCUCAUAAUCCACAGGCAAAUGUCCAGUCGUUGCCGUAGCCCGUUCUAUUUUCUGACACACAAACUACAGUUACUGCUGGAAGUAGUCCAACAAGAGGUCAAGACUUACUGAGAAAACGCAUCUGAACUCACAGGAGAAGAGAAAACCUAUUUACUCCGUUUCUGAUACCUUUGAUCCUACUAUAA